AUGGACCUUUUCCGCGUUCGGUUGAACUGCAUAGACCACUACCAGGCGACGCCGACGCAUUAUGAUCCCCAAUUACGGAAUGAUGUCGGCCCUGCACAGGCGAAGAAAGGCCCCAAGGUUCCGGUCGUGAGGGUUUUUGGGUCGACAGAAACGGGGCAGAAAGUCUGCGCUCACAUACACGGCGCUUUCCCAUACGUCUACGUCGAGUAUCGUGGCAGCUUAGAGCCCGAGGAUGUGGGCGCGUACAUCUAUCGACUUCAUCUCUCCAUUGAUCAUGCCUUGGCUGUCAGCUACCGACGUGAUCAAUUCGGAGAAAAUGCAAAGUUCGUCGCCCGCAUCACCCUUGUCAAAGGGGUGCCAUUCUAUGGUUUCCACGUUGGAUACCGCUUCUUCCUGAAGAUCUACAUGUUCAAUCCCAUCGUCAUGACAAGGUUAUCCGAUCUGCUCCAACAGGGCGUCAUUCUUAAGCAGAAGUUCCAACCCUACGAAGCCCACCUCCAGUACUUACUACAGUUCAUGACCGACUAUAACCUGUACGGGUGUGGCUACUUGGAUGUGUCCGAUGUAUACUUCAGAGGCCCUAUCCCUUCAUUUGAUCAAGAGGGGAACUCUCAACACCUUUGGCAUGACCGGACGAUUCCUAAGACUCGAGUCCUCGAUGAUCUGACUCUGCCGAGGGUCAGCCACUGCUCUAUCGAGGUAGACAUUUGCGUUCAACACAUUACCAAUCGGCGAUUGGUGAAGGAGCGUCAGCUACAUCACGACUUUGUUGAGCGCGUUAAACCUCUCCCAGCAGAUAUCAAGCUUGUUUACAGCAUGGCUGGUCUAUGGAAAGACGAGACGCGUCGCCGCAAAAUGAAAAUGCCCAAUGCGGACCCAGGAAGCAGCCCUUUUCCUGCAGAAGUUUUGGUCUCAAUGUCUGCGAAUAAACGCGACUCGCAACCGCAAGGAUGGAUCCAUGAGGAAGAGUACAAAGAAGAAGUCGCAAAACUCAUUGAAACCGAAAAGGGGUUGGAAGACUCCGCGCCGCCGAGCUUUGAGAAUUUUGUGGAGCGUUCGCCGCUUGAGGCUGCCGUCAAGACCGCACUCCAGUCAGUAGAAGAUUUGUAUCCCGCCAACCUGCUACCGGCUCUAGGACUGCCGUCGAACCAUGCUCCCGCAAACAAGAAUCCAGCCAGCAGCAUCGAAGUUGACGAACAGGGCGUACUCGAUCUCGGUGUUGACAACUAUGACCCUUAUCCAGCCGACUCUGACGAAGAGGCUCUCAUUCAGAUGGGCGAGCCGAAGGCAAGACAGGAUGACCAAAUCAAUAGCACCGGUAUCAAGGGAAAGCCAUUAGUCGCUAGUGGUACUGGUUCCAGAAGCCAACCCGUUGCUGGCGAUCCGACAGUCAGGAAGACCGUCAACGGACUGGGAUCUAUAUACGAAGGCGUCUGUGCCAGCAGGUUGAAGACUGGGAACCCACCAACGGUACCGGUUUGGGACGAUCUGCUCGACAUGGCCGAGGAGGAAGGGCUUGUGUCAAAACUGAGCGAUCCAUCAAGCCUAGGUCAUCGCCGUACAGAAUCUGUCAAGCGAUCGAUAUCACCGCAUGCGAUAGCGUCUUCUACCAAACGUUCGAGAACCGAGCCUCCGGUGGCUCCGGCGUCCGAUGCAGUAGUGCCCAAACCGUCGCUCAAAGGCAUCCUAAGUAAUAGCACAGCUUCUGAGAAGCAUCAGGUCACGAUGUUGCCGCCAAACUCCCAAGACAAGCCACGGUCCUCUCAAAAUGCAGGCUCGAAAUCUGCGGCCAAUCAGUUAUUGGGUUUUCCAGUAGUCAAAAGCCAGGAGGACCCGGGCACGAAACUUCGAUUGAGCCAGAUGAACCCGCCUCGGGCCUCGCAACAAGCUGAAAAGGAUUCUCCAAAACAUGUUUCCUUCAAUGUAGCAUCGGAGGAGACACGUAGCAAGCCCAGCCCGGUCACUCCAGCAAAGAAGGUUCGAAUUGCCACUCCUACAACGGAUUCACUUGGGACCGAAGCAGGAACAGAAACAAUUCUUCAUCGGAUACAGACAGCGAUCGGAUCCUUUUCCGCAAAACGCCAGUGUGUGAUUGGCGUCCUGCCUCCCGCUCCAAAACUUAUCAUGUCGACAAUGAAGGACCUGCAGAUUCCCGAUAUGAUUUACCAAGAUGCCUACUACAGCGAGGAGAAGGAUGUCCCGGCUCGUCCCAGGGAGUAUGCCGGUCGGGAAUUUCGGCUCGAGAGUAAUACUCUACCGUAUCUGGCGGAGUUUGAUCCAACUGGGACAUCUGCUGCCAGCAUGGGCAUCAAAUCAGACACAUCCAUUGACAAGGCCAAGAACGACGUGCGUUAUGACGCCCAAGCAAGCUUGUGUUCAUAUCGAAGCUGGGAGAUAGCUCAACCGCCUCCAAGCGCCAAAGAAGUUCAAGAUUGGUGGAACAAGAAGCAUCCCCUGCAGAAAGCGCAAAAGAACGUUACUGCAAAGAUCACGGGCACCCCUCAAGCUACGAGGCGCGACCUCUCCCAGAUUGAUGGACCUACCCCGAAAAACAAGCAUGGCUUCAAAUACUCGCCCAAGAAAAAGUCGACCAGUGUCAAGCAUGAAGCGCAAUACAUGAGUACUAUGGCCCUCGAGGUUCACGUCAACACACGGGGCAAGUUUGUUCCUAAUCCUGACGAGGAUGAGGUUCAGUGCAUAUUCUGGUCUAUCAAAGCAGAUGGCACCGCCAGCAGUAGUCAGGAAGCUUCAGGGGGAAUCAUUGCUGGUGUCGUUGUCCUAUCGCCAGAUGGUUCCCUCGCCCAGAGGAUGCGGCGCUAUGUUUCUGCAGAGGUUAUCGAGGAAUCUUCCGAGCUCGAUGUCAUGGUUCGCAUGGUGCAAAUUGUCAGAGACCACGACCCUGAUAUCCUUACAGGCUAUGAGGUUCAUGGCAGCUCAUGGGGCUAUCUCAUCGAACGCGCCAGAGUAAAGUACGACUACGAUCUGUGCGACGAGUUCUCACGUAUGAAGAGUAACUCUCACGGCCGUAUCGGAAAGGAGAAUGAUCGGUGGGGCUUCAACACAACGUCGACGAUCCGCGUGACUGGCAGACACAUGAUCAACAUUUGGCGAGCCAUGAGAGGAGAAUUGAACCUGCUUCAAUAUACGAUGGAGAAUGUCGUCUGGCACGUUCUGCACCGCCGCAUACCUCACUACUCCUGGAGAACCCUGACACAAUGGUACAACAGCAGUAGGCAGAGGGACCUCGACAAACUGACGCGCUACUACCUCACACGAACGAGGAUCGAUAUUCAGAUAUUGGAGUCAAACGAGCUCAUACCGAGAACAAGUGAGCAAGCUAGACUGUUGGGAGUGGACUUCUUCUCGGUCUUUUCCCGCGGUUCUCAAUUCAAGGUCGAGUCCAUUAUGUUCAGAAUUGCAAAACCCGAGAACUUCAUGCUAGUUUCCCCCAGUCGGAAGCAAGUUGGCGGCCAAAACGCAUUGGAAUGCCUCCCGCUGGUGAUGGAACCCCAAAGCGACUUUUACAACAGCCCGCUGUUGGUACUUGACUUCCAGAGUCUGUACCCCAGUGUCAUGAUUGCCUAUAAUCUGUGCUACUCGACAUUCCUAGGCAGGAUUGUCAAUUGGCGGGGGAUGAACAAGAUGGGCUUCACCGAGUAUCAGAGGCACAAGAGGCUGUUGGAGCUCCUAAAGGAUCACAUCAACAUCACGCCCAACGGAAUGAUGUACGUCCGGCCUGAGAUUCGGAAAUCUCUCCUCGCAAAGAUGCUUGGCGAGAUCUUGGAGACCCGAGUCAUGGUCAAGAGCGGGAUGAAGCAAGACAAGGACGACAAAACGCUGCAGGCGCUGCUGAAUAAUAGGCAGCUGGCGCUGAAGCUUUUGGCCAACGUUACCUACGGAUACACAUCGGCAUCUUUCUCUGGUCGUAUGCCUUGCUCAGAGAUUGCCGACAGUAUCGUUCAAACAGGCCGCGAGACGCUCGAGCGAGCUAUCGCGUUUAUUCACUCACAGGAGCAAUGGGGAGCGGAAGUCGUCUACGGCGACACGGACAGUCUGUUCGUGUAUCUCAAGGGUCGAACCAAGGAUCAGGCGUUCGACAUUGGCAACGAAAUUGCCAAAGCCAUCACCGAUAUGAACCCCAGACCGGUCAAGCUCAAGUUUGAAAAGGUCUAUCACCCGUGUGUUCUCCUAGCGAAGAAGCGCUACGUGGGUUACAAGUACGAGAGCAAGGAUCAGGUCACGCCUGAGUUCGACGCCAAAGGCAUCGAGACGGUGAGGCGUGACGGGACGCCGGCGGAGCAAAAGAUUGAAGAGAAAGCCCUCAAGCUCCUUUUCGAGACGGCGAACCUCAGCGAGGUCAAGGCCUACUUCCAGAAGCAGUGCGAAAAGAUCAUGCGCGGGUCCGUCUCGGUGCAAGACUUUUGCUACGCGAGGGAGGUGAAGCUCGGCACAUACAGCGACAAGGGCCCGCCGCCACCGGGUGCGCUCAUCAGCACCAAGAAGAUGCUCGAAGACGCGCGCGCCGAGCCGCAGUACGGAGAACGGGUGCCGUACGUCGUUAUCACGGGUGCUCCCGGGGCGCGUCUGAUCGACCGGUGCGUAGCGCCCGAAGACCUGCUCAACGACUCGCACUCGCAGCUGGACGCGGAGUACUACAUUUCCAAGAACCUGAUCCCGCCGCUGGAGAGGAUCUUUAACCUGGUUGGCGCCAAUGUCCGGCAGUGGUACGACGAGAUGCCCAAAGUGCAGCGAAUCCGGCGUGUAGAUCAGACACUUGGAGCGGCCGGGGGCCUCGGCAGCAAGAAGACGCUGGAGUCGUACCUCAAGUCGGCAUCGUGUAUCUCAUGUAAUAUCAAGAUGCAUGUGGAGGGCGUACUAUGUGGGAGGUGCCAGCAAGACGCGCCGAGUUCGCUAUUCAACCUACAGACGCGACUCAAGGACGAGGAGAGGAAGUACAUGGACGUGUUGAAGGUUUGUCGAAGCUGCUCAGCGCUACCGGCGGCGGAUGAGGUGCCGUGCGACAGCAAGGACUGUCCCGUGUUUUACUCGCGGGUCAAGCAGAGCGCGCGACUAAAGACAGAGAAGAGCGCGCUGGAGCCUGUCAUUCGGGAGCUGGUUGCGAAGGCUGGGAGGGCCGCGUUGGAGUGGUGAUUU